AUGUGGUGCGAUCUUCAGGUGCAAUUUCUGCUGUUUCUCGGUCUCUCUCUUUGGAGUACUGGAGCUCAUUCGCUGGGAGGAGGAGGAGGAGCAGUGGGAGCCAUAGGAGGAGUGGGAGCCAUUGGAGGAGUGGGCGCUAUUGGAGGACUGGGUGGAGUUGGUGGAGUCCAGCAGGUGCCAGUUGUCCAGCAGGUACCAGUGGUACAGCAAAUCCCAGUUGUCCAGCAAGUGCCCAUCAUCCAGCAGCAGCCUCAAGCUCUGGGACUUGCCGGUGGCGGAGGAUUCAUUGGCGGCGGCGUUGGAGCAGGAGCCGGCUUUGGACGCUACAAGGAGAGCUAUCGGGUGAGGGCCAGAGGCCUGGGCGGUGGAUUCCGUGCCCGUUACGACAAAAAGAUUGGCGGUGGCUUUGCGGGAUUCGGGGCUGCCGGUGGAGCGGGCUUAGGCGGUGGAGCUCUGCUAGGAUAA